GAGCUGCUGCUGGAGAAGGGCGCUUAUCUUGCCUCGUCGCCCGGUGUGUCGACGAACUCCGACUUCCAGGGCUUGCGAGGUCUCUUCAACGAGGGAUGUUCAUCCUCCGCGUGUCGGGCGCCGGGACGCUGUUCUUCAGCGCCUAUGGCGACAUCCAGGAGAUCGAAGUGGACGGCGCGUACAUCGUCGACAACGGCCACGCCGUCGCUUGGGACUCGACGCUCGAAUACCGGCUGACUCGCGCCGCGAAAAUCCGCUCGUUCCUCUUCUCCGACCAGAUCAUCAUGGAGUUCUCCGGCAGGGGCAGGCUCUGGGUCCAGUCCCGGAACCCUCGCUCCCUCGCCGACUGGGUCCAUCCCUUCCGCGGCACCAAGUCGUCGUCCUAG